UUUUGGACGGUAAUUUAAAGACACUGCGAAGUCUUGAUAGAAAUUUAAUUAAAAUUAUACAGUGAAUAGUUUUAAAAUAGAAAAAUAAUUAAGAUACUUAUUUAAACAGUUCUUACUAGAGAAAAAAAAAAAAACACCUGCUAUCGCGUUGCUGUGGUAACAAGUAGCAGGUCUUGGGUGACGUACUAGCGCAAACAGCAACACGAGACAGAGUAAACUGAAUUAUAGUUUCAAAGCAAUUUACCUGAUAAAAAAAUGACAGAGUUGCAUCAGGCAGCAGCUGCUGGAGAUUAUGAUCUAGUGGAAGAAAUUGUGAAAAAAAAAUCAUGUGACCCUAAUCAGAAAGACUUGGACUGGAACAAAAAGACACCGCUUCACUGGGCAGCAUCCAGAGGUCAAACAGAAAUGGUUCGGAUACUUAUUGAAAAUGGAGCAAGGGCUUGUUUGAGGACGGACAAUGGAUGGACGCCUGCACACUUUGCAGCGGAGUCUGGAAGACUAGCAGUACUACGACUCCUGCAUUCCCUCCAUGCACCUGUCGACAAGGAGGACACUUCUGGGGAUAAACCUGUCAGGAUUGCUGAAAUCUAUGGACAUGAAGAUUGUGUUCAUUUUCUUGAAAAGGCAGAGAUUGAGAGCAGAAACUAUCGGCAAAUGGCAAAGUUAAAUGGACUGCCCUUAGAUGAUACUGAUGAAGAAUGGGAACAGGAGAAAAAAGAAGUAAUUAAAAAUGUGUUUUGGAUUGUUGUCCUGGUGGAAGGUCCACCAAAGUCUCAUCUUCAUCAUCCUGGUGGAUGGCAACAAAUUAAUCUCAAGAAUUCCCAGUACAUGGAUCCAUUCAUCUUCCCUUCAAUAAUAUUGAUUCUGCCAGUACCAUGAGAAGAGAAACAGCCCCAUACCAUGAUGCUUCCACCUCGAAAACAUCACUGUUGGUUUGGUAUUUUUAGGGUCAUAUGUAAAGCCAUUUCUCCUCCACACAUGGCAUGUGUGCAGUUGUUGCCAAAAGUUGGAUUUUUGUCUCAUCUAACAACACUAAAUUAUCCCAAAAGUUCAGACCUUUCCAAAUGUUCUGUAGAAAACUUCAAAUUAGCUUCAACAUGCCUUUUCUUCAAUAAUGGAACUUUCUGUGGUGAGCGUGCAUGGAGGUUGUGGCGGUGGAGUGCAUUUCCUAUUGUUUUCUCUGUGACAGCUGUACCUGCUGCCUUCAAGUCUUUCUGGAGUGGUCCUUGGUUCUUGGGCUACCCUCUGACCAACCUUCUGACUCCCUGAUCAGAAAUCUUGCGAGGAGCUCCUCUGCAUGGCCAGUUGAUGAUGGGAUGAUGUUCCUUUCAGUUGUGGAAAAUGGCCCCAAUGGUGCUUACAGGAACAUUUAGGAGUUGGAAAAUCCUUCUGUAACCAGUACUGUUGUUAUGUACAGCAAAAAUCUUGUGAAAGUCUUGGGAGAGCUCUUUGCCUCUAGCCAUCAUGAGAUGUCCAAUACUUGCAUUUAGAGGUGGGUAAGCCUUUUUCUAACCUAACAACAUGCACUAAUCCAACGGAUUGUAAUUUGCACAGGUAGGAGGUAGAACUACUUAGUGAAAUCUGUUGCUUUCUUGACUUGCCUUGCCUUGCCUUAGUGUUCUGCUUUUUCUUAGUGUGUUCAAUACUUUUCCCCCCGUGUCAUUUUACUUUAUUACGCAUGACUUUUUUAUGGAUUGUAGUAUUAUUUCCUUUUGUAUUGAUUUCUUGCGCUAAUACCAACGUCUGGUCAAAAUUUAAUGUGAAUUGCUGCACUGGAACUUUGUUUCAUGUAAUUAUCAUGUUAUCAUGUAAUUAUCAUGUAAUUUUGUAAUGCAAAACAACAACAACAACAAAAACCAUACUGUAAUUAAUGUAAAAAUAUUAUUAUACACAUUUACAUGUCAUAUAUGUCUAUUAUCACCCACCACUGGUCAAACUAACAUACUGGACCCAUUAAUUAUAAUACACAUUUAUAAGGUGAAGUGGGUAAUUUCUGAAUCAUUAGCAGUGGCACGAAACAUGUCUAUUACCAACCACCACUGGUCAACCUAACAUACUGGACCCGUCCCGAAAUUCACACCAUUGAGUCAAUAGCCGCUUUUCCACCAUCGGGCCAAACGGUUCUCAUUGUGUAACUGAUCCGGACCAGCUAGUACGGUUACGGUUUUGUUUUCCACUGUGGGGCUGAUAACGGCCGCUCUUUGGAAUUUAAUACAAAAGCGUCAGUCGUUGCCUUGGUAACGCAACGGUUCACUUAUGAUAUGAGAUGUAACAAAGUCCCUUUAAGACAAGUCAUUUCACUCGGCGGCCAUCUUUGAAACGCCUCUCGGGCAUCCUGGGCAUCAUGCAGCUCCUAUCUCUUUGAAUGGGGAAACAUCAAAUUCUCCAAAGCUGUUUGCCAAGCUUUCGAUUAAAUUUCAUAUUUGAAAUCACCAAUGAAAUCUGACAACAACUGUCUCAUAAUUUUUUUUUCCAAACGCUCAAAUCAUGACAAAAAAAAAAAACAGUAUUUAGGCUGGAUCAAGCUAAUGCGCAUGCGCAGACCUAAAUGCGCGUCUCUUGUGCCUCAUUUCGGAGGCGCGCGUCUGACUGUUUCUAUAGAAACCGGUGCUUCUAACGGCCGCUGCAGUGACGCGAUGACUUUACAGGUCGGCGAUUGGCUCUUAUUUUGAAGGCGGGACUUAUUCCGCCAUAUUGAGCGUUACACUUUGUCCCAUUCAAAACACGAGCGACAUGUCUUGUGUUAUUCUAUAGUCUUUGGAUGUAAUAAUGACCGCGUUAUGGCGGAUGAUUAGAUAUUUCUUUUAAUUUCAUUAUUAAUUUGUGUUUACGUCGUUCAAAUAGAGCGCUUAGCCAGCUACAGAGAAACUAGUAGCCAGGCAACAGACAAGUGACCAAUCCUGUGUGUCGACAUCACUUCACGGAUUCUACCAACACGAUUCAGCACGGUUAGACAACCGUGCCGAGAAUUCCGGGCCGAGAACGGUUUGUAAUCGUGCCGUGCCGUGCCGUACCAGGCUCCAGUGGAAACACAACUGGAACCGUUCCUAACCAUUCUAAGAACCGUUCGGCCCGACGGUGGAAAAGCAGCCAAUGUUGCUGUGUGGGGCUGGUCGAUUGUAACAUUGAAAAUAAUCA